AUGAGGCAGAGACGUAGAAGGGAGAAUGCGUGCUGGAGGCUCCUCUGUUGCCUCUGUAAUUCAAUAAUAGAAGCCGAGAAAGGCGAGAGAUCACCACCGCGAGCGCCACUACGGACCAUUAAAAGGCCUUCGAAACCACAGCAGCCUCAGCCCAGUUUCAAUAGGCCAAGCCCGACACUUCCCGAUUUUCGCCCACCGCUAGUUGAUUUCGAAGAAGAUGGACCCCCGGCGAAUUUUUCCGCAAAUGGGCCACAGGAGCAGCGUGCACAGCCCAAUUAUUUUGGUCCGAGUCCUGGCCUUGAUGGUUUUAGGCCACCUGAUACUGGACCGAGUGAAAGGCCCAAUGUGAACGUGCAUGAUGCUGACGGGCCAAUUGUUUUGCCCAUGGUUCCACCUGUUGUGCAAGAUUCUUUUGCAGAGACGAGGCCAGCAACGUAUCCAGGAAAUGGGCCACCGCUGUUUUCGGGAAAUGGGCCCAUGUAUCCGCCCAGUGUUCAAGAUUUGGAAGAAGACACGAGGCCACCGCUGUUUUCGGGAAAUGGGCCGAGUGAAAGGCCCAAUGUGAACGUGCAUGAUGCUGACGGCCCAAUUGUUUUGCCCAUGGUUCCACCUGUUGUGCAAGAUUCUUUUGCAGAGACGAGCCCAGCAACGUAUCCAGGAAAUGGGCCAGGAGCACAGUUUGCUGGUCCAACCGAAAGGCCUGAAGUUAUGCCUGGUGGUGGACCUAGUUAUGGUGGGCCUUUCGUUCCCCGCUUUAGCCCACCAGAUGUUGACUAG